UUGACCUAUAAGUUUCACCAUCGCGUUUUUCCUGGUCAUUUUAGAAAAACAAAAACUAAUGAAAUAAAACAUUUUGUAAGUAUGUAUGUCGGGAUGAAAAAUCUGAUCGGCGGUGCCAGAGUGUGUGUGUUGUCUCGGUGCAGACUGCGCAUGUGUCCGAGUGUUUGUAGAAAUCAUUAUAACGCACAGAGAUUAAAGAGCUGUGUGCAGAGAUACAGCUCCGGGCAGAACACAGUGAGAGUCGGCUGUGCCUCAGGGUUCUGGGGUGAUACUGCUACCUCAGUUCCUCAGCUGAUACACGGUGGGAAGCUGGACUUUCUUGUGUUUGAUUAUCUGUCGGAAAUUACCAUGUCCCUCCUCACAGCAGCUAAAGCUAAGACUCCUAACAUGGGAUACGCUCCUGAUUUCGUUCUGUCUGCCAUUUCUCCGUUUAUCAAGGACAUCAGCCAAAAAGGUAUCCGUGUGGUUAGUAACGCCGGUGGAGUGAAUCCUCUCGCGUGUGCAGCUGCUAUACAGGAAGUGGUGCAGAAAGCUGGGCUCAGUUUGAAGGUUGCCGUGGUAACUGGCGAUGAUUUAAUGCCACAGAAAGACUCUCUGAAUAUGUUGAAGAUGGCUGAUACACACGAAAACAAACCACUUCCCAAAAACAUACACAGUAUGAAUGCAUAUCUGGGUGCGGUCCCCAUAAAGCGCUGUCUGGAUCUCGGGGCUGAUAUCGUGGUUACGGGCCGGUGUGUUGACAGUGCAGUGGUGCUUGGACCCCUGAUGCAUUCUUUUGGCUGGGAUCAGAGUAACUUUGACCUCUUGGCUGCUGGAAGUCUUGCAGGUCACCUGAUUGAAUGUGGAGCCCAAGCGACUGGGGGCAUUUUCACCGACUGGCACACGGUUCCGGACUGGGAUAAUAUGGGUUUCCCAGUGAUCGAAUGUUCCUCUGAUGGCUCCUUCACGUUGUCCAAACCUCCCAGAACUGGUGGUCUGGUGUCCUUUGGUACAGUAGCAGAACAGUUAGUGUAUGAAAUAGGCGAUCCACGUCAUUACCUCCUGCCUGACGUCACGUGUGACUUCUCACACGUCACCAUUACUGAGAUUCCAGGUGUUGAAGGAGGAGCAGUUAGAGUGGGUGGAGCCAAAGGAUCACCACCAUCAGGUGACUACAAGGUCUGUGCCACGUACAUGGAUGGUUUCAGAGCGACCGCGGUUUGUCCUGUGGUCGGCCCUCGAGCUGCACAGAAAGCCAGGAAGACCGCAGAGAGCAUUAUUAAAAGGACCAGGCGAAUGUUCAGACAGCUGGGAUUGGAGGAUUACAGUGAUGUGAAUGUUAAGGUUCUGGGUGCUGAGGAUACGUACGGACCUCACGCAGUCAACACCGAUCUUCGGGAAGUGGUGCUGUGGAUGGCUGUGCAUCACAAGCAGAAGAAAGCUCUUGAGUUUUUCUCCAGGGAAGUGGCUCCAGCAGGAACUGGCAUGGCUCCUGGACUCACAGGAAUUGUAGGAGGCCGACCUCGAGUGUCACCGGUACUGAAGCCGCUAUUCUUCCUGCAUCCUAAAGCAGACCUGAAGGUGGACAUCCAUCUUAAUGGAGAGUUGAUGGAGACGUACAGAGAGACGGAGUGUUCUUCACCUAAAGGUUCCUCCUGUGUCCAAGAGCAAACUCUUUACAUUCCUACAGAUUUGCCCAGCGGCCCUUGCAGUUACAGACUUGAAGACUUGGCUUAUACACGAAGUGGAGAUAAAGGAGACGCUGCGAAUAUUGGAGUUAUAGCAAGACAUCCACUUUACUUUCCGUACCUGAAGAGGUUUUUGACUGCUGAAGUGGUGGAGAAAUUCUUUCAGCACCUGAUUAAGAAGGAAGACGGCGAUCUGCCCUCGGUGACCCGGUUCGAGUUGCCCGGUGUUUGUGGUUUAAACUUCCUGAUACGCAAUUCACUUGGAGGAGGAGGGGUGGCAUCUUUAAGAAGUGACCCUCAGGGAAAAGCUUAUGGACAGAUGUUGCUGGACUACAGACUGACCGGACUACCUGACCUCACCUCGCUGGUAGACUGAAGAAAGAUGAUGAUCCGAGCAAAUAUAACGAAAUACGUCUCAAAAUUUCAAAGCUAGAAUCUGUGUUUCAGGUGACUCGGUGUGAACAAGCCACAGACUGACAGACGAACUAAAGUAGCAUGAGCUAAUUAUCUUCUUAUCCGUUUUAUACAAGAGCACAUGAAGCUUAAACAGCAUUAACUGCCUUCACUACAAUUACUAAUAGAAUUAUUCCACAAAAUUAGGCCCUUGUGUAGUGUGGAGUGAAACUUGUGGAGUGAAACUCCACCCUGAAUCACAUGAAGUAUGUUCAUAUUGACGGAUUAGUGAUUCUGGUGCUGAAUUUUCAUUAUUUCUGUGAGAAGUUAGCGGGUGUGUGUUAGCGGCUCUGAUGUCACACGGGGACACUGUUAUUGUUAUUGCUAACGCUAACGCAGUUACAGUGGAGUUUAACGGCAUAAAAUAUGAUGCACAUUGCAGUAACAGUCAGGUUUCGCUUUUCCCUUUGAGGAUCACAUCUGCGUAUGUAGUUAGUGAUGUACGAGACGAUGAGUUCAGUGUUAGUGUGAAAGUUGAAGCUUUGGAAGCUGAUGUGUUUGAGCAGAGUGUACAGGAGAGAGAGAGACAGAGUGAGAGAGCGAGAGAGAGACACAGCGAGAGAGAGACAGAGUGAGAGAGCGAGAGAGAGACAGAGCGAGAGAGCGAGCUGCACAGAAUAGCACAGCGCUCCGCAUCGCUCUCUUUAGUGGGAGAAAUAUCACUGCAGCUCUGUCAGAACGGCAUUGUGGGUAGUGUAGGAAAAUAGACAGACAUGAUCAUGAAAGAAGAUCUUAGAUGUUUUUCAUUUAAAGUAAUGAUGUUUGCAGAGUGACGUUCUUAAGAACUAACGUCUAUUCGAUUUAAAUAAAAACGUAUUUUUAUUAAUGUGAGUAACCUGAUUCUAACUCAUGAUUCAGUUUCCUCCUGAAUCUCAUUCUCCUUUUUUCUUCAAACAAACAAACAAACAAAUAAAUAAACACACCGGUGCA